CUUCCUCUGUGAUGCAAGGCAGUCUCGUCACGUUACCCACACUCCUAACACGCUUUACUCCCUGUGGGUGUUUGUCUACUUUGUCGCUGGUGAGUCUGCAGUAUGCACCUGAGUAAAGACGAGAGGCUGGAGCUGGGCUUGAAGGCGGAGGGUGCAGAUAACCUGGCCUUUGGGGUCAAAGACGGUGAUGAACAGCCAGGUGCUCUCAUUGGGGAGCCGCACACGGAGGUCCGCCAGGAGACUGUGGACACAGGUGCGGACCUGGUUUACUCCCUCAAUGAUCGUCCGCCAUGGUACCUCUGCAUCCUGCUUGGAUUCCAGCAUUACGUGCUGGCAUUUGGCGGCAUCAUCGCCAUCCCGCUCAUCCUGGCCGAACCCCUAUGCAUCAGUGACAACAACGUGGCCAAAAGCCAGCUCAUCUGCACCAUCUUCUUCGUGUCGGGCCUAAGCACGCUGCUGCAGACGGCUGUCGGCGUCAGGCUGCCAAUCCUCCAGGGUGGGACCUUCAGCUUCAUCACCCCCACCAUCGCCAUUCUGUCUCUGCCCAAGUGGCAGUGUCCAGCCCCCCAAGGGCCUGCCAUGUUGUCCAUGCACUUGCAGAACGGCACCAGACCGCUGCAGAUGGAAAACAGCGACGAGGUGUGGAUGUCCCGAAUGCGUGAGAUCCAAGGAGCCAUCUUGGUGUCGUCGUUGCUUCAGAUCAUGCUGGGCUUGACGGGGCUGGUGGGCUUUGUGCUGAAAUACAUCGGACCACUGGCCAUCGCCCCCACCAUCAGCCUCAUCGGCCUGUCUCUGUUUAUUGAGGCCGGCAAGAAGUCGGGCGGCCACUGGGGGAUUGCUGCUCUCACGGUGUGUCUCAUCCUGCUGUUCUCACAGUACCUCAGCAAGGUGGACGUCCCCCUCGUUGCCUACAAGGGCAAGAAGUGGAAGGUGUUCCAUUACCCUCUUUUCAAGCUGUUUUCGGCAUUGUUCGGGAUGUGCGGCGGCUGGCUGCUCUGCUACCUGCUGACCAUCUUUGACGUGUUCCCAUCAGAGGCGGCUAAUUACGGCUUCUCAGCCAGGACCGACAUCAACACGGACGCCAUCACCACUUCGCCAUGGUUCCACAUCCCGUACCCAGGUCAGUGGGGUUUGCCCACAGUGAGCGUGUCAUCCGUGUUGGGCAUGAUGGCAGGCGUCCUGGCAUCAACCAUGGAGUCCAUCGGCGACUACUACGCCUGUGCUCGACUGUCAGGCGCCCCGCCUCCGCCUACCCACGCAAUCAACCGAGGCAUCGCUGUGGAGGGCAUUGGCUGCAUCCUUGCCGGCCUGUGGGGGACUGGGAACGGAACCACCUCCUACAGCCAAAACAUCGCUGCACUCGGUAUCACCAAGGUUGGCAGCAGACUGGUGCUCCAGAUGACUGGAAUUCUUAUGAUUGCCCUGGGAAUCUUUGGGAAGUUUGGAGCCGUUUUUAUUACCAUCCCGGAUCCGGUUAUCGGGGGCAUGUUUCUUAUUAUGUUUGGAAUGAUUGCGGCAGUGGGAAUAUCCAACCUGCAGUAUGUGGACCUCAACUCGUCUCGUAACCUCCUCAUCCUCGGCUUCUCCAUAUUCAGUGGCCUGGUGCUGCCCACCUGGUUCCACUCCAACCCGGGCAUCAUUGACACAGGAAUCAAAGAGCUGGACCAGGUGAUCGUUGUGCUCUUCACAACCCACAUGUUCAUCGGAGGCUUUUUCGGCUUCAUCCUUGACAACACCAUUCCAGGCACGGACGAGGAGCGAGGCCUGAGGAAGUGGCAACACACGGCGCACAAGGGCAGCCAGCUCACGUGUGACUUGUCAUGCUAUGACAUUCCCUUCUGCAACUUCCUGUGGAAAAAGUCCCGCUUCUUCCAGUACCUGCCCUUCCUCCCAUCCUACAAGACCCACCAAAUGGGGGACGCUCACUCACUCACCACCUGAGCCUGUUGACUUGUGUAUCGCGCGCACAUUUUAACGUGCGCACCGUCCUGUACCUUGGACUCACAAUCAGGACACUUGUUUCCUCCAGUGCAGAAAGCAGCAAACCAGUUAGCAUGUCAAAUUUAAAGAGACAGUGCCGUAAAUAAUAUGAUGAAUAGACAAUUAUUGAAAUGAUCAGUGAUCCGCAGCUAACUAGCUAGCUUUUAACACCUUUAAAUAAUAGAAAAAGAACUUGAGCAUAUUCCGAUUUUUUCUAUAUUAUAAUUUUCUUUUCCAAAAUAUCCAAGCACUGAUUAAAUGAUUGUAUAAUUAACUUUAUAAUAACGGAUUUAUGGUUUUGGCAAUAUAGUAAUAUAUUCCCUACACUCUUAUUUAAACAUUAAAAAUGUAUAGUUUAUAACCAACUUAGAUUUCAUGUUAUUUUAUUUUAUUACAAACAUAAUUUGUUGGAAGGGAGAAUUAUUUUUCUCUUUUCACUUUUUAAAAACAUUGUUCAUCAACUAUCAACAUCAACUAUUUGUCUUCCCGAGGAGUGACUCCACGUUGACUGACCGUGUCUUGCUUACCGUAGGACGCUACUUGCUUCCUAGGAAUUGUAUGAGUGUGUAGAAGUGUCAGUGGAAGUAAAAGAAAAUAACAUUAAUGCCCCGAGGCACCGACCGGGGUGUUCCCUUAGUGCUGUCCCGACUUGCUGACGAGUCACUUUAUUUAUUCCUGCCAGGCGUCUCUGAGCCGCCGUGUUCUUCCAAGGUAAACAUUUUACUACCUCGUCACUAAUUGUAACCUACACGCAGAGAUCAACUGAAUAACCUUUUCGUUACGACUGUGUUGAUUUAUAGCCUUCAUUUUGUCGCUGUAUAGAAGUGCACUGAUUUAAGAAUUUCUAUAUGUUCUUUUGCAUUUUUGUACUAUAAGGUAAUAAAUAUGUACUA